AACAACUGGAUAACAACAUUCGUAUGACAGGAUUAAGUGGCGCACAUUGAAGGCAUGUUCCAUCUGGGAGGGGCGUCGUUGCCGUGACAGUGUUAAGUCGGUCGGCCGUGUAAAAUAGAGGGUUUUCAUCCGGUGCAGAAGGGAAACCUUUUCUUCGUUCUUAGAGCAGGUCUGCUGAGAUGCGCAGGGCUCCGACACAGCGGAGGUCACGAGACUGCUGGUGAAUUACAAUUGAUACGAAAGCCACCAUGAUGAACGAGGGGCUUUUUUUUCGUCUAUUACGAAUUGCCACACGUUAAAUUAAAUAAGGUUUCUUCCGGGGAGCGUUUUGUCCUGUGGUCUCAGGCAGGAAUGAUUUUUCUCGGCUUUGUUUUGCUACAGAGGACCAUGGAGACCUCCGAAGGCAUCGGUCAUGCUCUCUGGUGAGAGCGUGGCUGGGAGCGAGAGUUGUAAAGUCCCCAGAAUUACAUCACAUGGAGGUCAAAGGACAUCUGAUCACAUCCAUGGGUUUGGGGGCUCCUGAUGUUCAAGGCUGCCAGGACAGCAAGCUGCAGGCUGAGAGGGUUGCAGCUCUGCAAGAGAGGAAGCAAGCCCUGGAGGCCCUCCUCAACACCAGAGUGGGGGAGCUCAAACAAGUCUGUUUGCAGGAAGCAGAGCUGACUGGGAAGUUGCCACAUACUUUCCCCCUGGAGACGGGAGAGAAACCCCCACUGGUGCAGCGCAGAGCUGGCCUGGCAACCAACACCAAGGCAGAGGAUGAGGCUGCCCAAAGAAAGCAGAUGAAAGCCAUCUUCACUGGUGCUCUGUACAGACACUCAGAAUCAGACCGAAAUAUCCCAAAUAGCAAGAGGACAGUUCAUCGGGGGUGUCACACAGAGGACACUGUCAUGUCAGAGAGUACAAGCUCCAUGUCAGAUUCAACAUCCCAUGACAACGAGUCUUCUCCCAGUGUGGCGGCUGACCAGCGCUCUCUGUCUCAGCCCCGGCUCACUGUGGGCAGCCCUGACCACAGGAUCAGCAGGAAGCUGUCACCAGUCGAGAUUUACUAUGAGAUGAGGACACGCCGCAACUCUGUCACAAGCUCCGUUAGCCCAACACACUCUUUACCCAGAAGUGCAUCUAACAUUGAAGGGAGAAGUGUACCAGCUACUCCUCUGUUGGCCCGAACUGCUCCAAUCAGCGUUCACGUCAGGUCGGAUGUGUCUGGUGGUAAUGUGUUGAAGCAGUGGUCUGGCAGCCUGGAUGUGCCCUAUAUGAUUCCACUGGCCCAGGAGGGCUCGUCUUCUGACCGCCGAGGCUGCCCUUAUAGCUCCCGGGCCAGGCGCAGUAACAGCUCCGAGGCCCUGCUGGAUAGAUCAAGCCUCCCUGACGAUCCUGCUCCCAGAAACGGGAUGCCCCCUAGAGGAGGGCCCUACAAGAGCUCAGAGACACUGACUGAUGGCAAACUGCGACACAUUCACCUGGGCAGCCCUGAGAGACAUGUUGAUGGCUCUGUGGACCAGGCCAAACUGCGUCUGUCCAUGGGUGACAGAGGGGCUGGUGGAGGCUACAAUGAGCUAUUGAUGGACUAUAUCUGGGGGAAACAGCAGAGGAUGCAAGUGCAGCACCACCUGUACCAGUCCACAGGCAGGAUCUGGCAGGACAUGUCCUCCCCUCGCUCCUCCACUGCGGCGGUGCCUCCCCAUGUCAAUGGCUUUUCCCAUUCCCAGGUGCACCUCCCCAGCGCUGCACCACCUUACAGCCCCAUGGUGCUCCGAGGGUCCCAAGCUGAGCUGCGCAGGGUCAAAGUCACCAGAACCAAAUCUUGUGGACCCUUUAUUCCUUUGCAGCAACAUUCCCAGGAUGCCAUCCUGCUGUCAGCGUACGAGUCUCCCCUGCCUGCCUCUGGCACCACCACAUCCUCCAUCCCCAACCUGCACCCCUACCAGACUGAGCUGUCUGGCCCCUCGUUUAGCCGUAGACCCCCACAGUUCUCUCUCCCAACCCCAGAAGACUCAACGCGAAGCUUACAUAAAGCCUUGGCUCUAGAGGGACUGAGGGACUGGUACCUAAGAAACGCCCUUGGCUAUCCUCCUGCUGCCUCAAAGGGCCACGAGGCAGGGAUCUCUCGUCUAUCACACCCCCAUCCGCUGGUGCACCAGGCCCAGUCUGUUCAAGGUGAACCAGCCAACCUCCACAGAUCUCAGAUACCCCAGUCAGCCAGCUUCCAUGGUCACCCACUGCAUGGAAGGUCGAUGGAGUUCUCUCUCUAUCAGGAGACUCCUCAUCCACAGAUGCAAGAGGUCACCCCAAAGGAACCCAGUGCAGACCCAGGCACCCUAGUCUGAAGCAGCAGAACACACACACACACGCACGCACGCACGCACACGCACACACACACACACACACACACACACACACACACACACACAUAAUCUGAGCAGAAACACUGUAGCCUCACACACACAUUCACUCAGACUCACAUAGUCACACACGUACACACACAAGUUGAUACAAUGUGACCUCAACAGCAAAGCAAAACACAGCAACCUCAGCAGAAAGAGACUGGAAAAUAUGACAAACUGUAGCUGUACAGUGUGAAAAAGCCUUGGCAAGUUCCCCGUGUUCUAACUGAUCCCACCAGUGUAUGAACUUCAAACCCAGUAUUCUUAUGUAGAUGUGCACUGGAGUUGACUCAUCUAAUAACAAUAUGGUCAUGCUGUACUUAAUAUAUCAAUAUUUCGGGUCCAACACGAGCAGUAAAAUCCUUCCUAAUAACCCUGAAAAGUCUCCCGAGAUAUACUUUUUUACAGAAUAUAUACAACUCUAAAUUACUAUUUUGUAUCUUCUGAGAUAUAAAGAACAGCUAUAUUAAAGAGGUAAUUUAUUGCUCAUUAAUCUUGUGAUAUACAAAGAUGUUACAUGAGCUCACAUCAUUUGAAAAGUAUUAAUACAUGCCAGUGAAUGUGUGUUUGUAAACUGUAUAAAAUGCAAAAAACAUGCUUCAGUCUUCAUCUGCCGUUAAUUUCACAGCCAUUUGUAUUUUUUAUGUUUAAUAAAUAAAAGGGGCCACGAACUAGUGUACUGGUGUAGCAGACGGGAGUGCCUAAAUAUUUUAAUAUCAAAACUAAACCUUGGUUGGAAAACUUUGAAGCGCUUUCUAAUAAUCUGAAAUGCUAGCAUUAAGCUUUUGUUAGCUUAGUCUAGUCAAAAACUGAAAGCAGUUCACGAUGUCACUAAAUUUGGAUAUUUGGAAUGAUGUCAUAUAUAUUGUGAUUUUUCCGUAUAUUUUCUAGAUUCAGCUUAGUGCUGGCAAAUAAAUGUAGCUUUCUCUGUGUUGAUCUUGACAAAACAAUUAGACCAGUUUUUGGAGAAAAAAACUGAGGGCUGUUGUGAAAUCUACUGUUGGGCAGUAGCACAUGACUAUGACAAUUAUUUACUCAUAUCAAAUCAGUUUUUUUCUGCAUUUAGUUGUGGAGGAUUUGAGUGUCAUAUGGGGCACUUUAUGAACAUCUUAAGCCUUAAUUCCCUAUAAAUUUGUCACAGAGAGAAAUGACAGGCAGUAGACAGGGUU